AAAUUUUGCAGUUUACUCCAUUCUACUUGUAGACUGAAGGAAGCAUUUGAGGUGGAGUAUGGAGCAAGCCGAAGCAUCCCCUCAGCUGUGUCCAAACGAUGAAACACAACUCUUCGCCUUGUGGAGGCAGUCACUGACCUGGAUCACCAACGCCUAAACUCUCUCCUGGAAGCCCAAGGACAUAAAGGUCUGUGCUUAUCAGCCAGAGAAUGGAGUCAGCUCAAAGAGCUUGUGGACAUUUUAGCCCCAUUUCUGCAAGCAACAGACCUUACACAAGGAGAGAAGGUGGUGACUGUCAGUGCGGCUCUACCUUGUGUACUCUCACUCAACAGCCACCUCAUCCAUAUGCUGAAUGCAUCUCGUCACCUGGUUGGCUUAGUGAAAGCACUGCAGAUGUCACUCCAACGCCGUUUCCAGGGGAUGUUUGCAAAUGUCAGAAUGGAUGAAACAGCACAACCCUCCAUAGAGCUUCCAUUUGGAAAUAUGGUCUACAUGUUGUCUGCACUACUAGACCCAUCAUUCUGCCUCUUUUGGCUAGAACAAGAUGUCCUCACACCAGAUGAAGUCAAGAGUGAGGUGAAGGAGAUGAUGAUAGACCUUUUCUUGGUUGAGGCUCAGAAAGUCACCAUACCUGAGGGCAGCAGUGGAGAAGAUGAGGAGGAGCCACCAGUACCUGCUAAAACUCCACGUCUUUUCUCUGGCUACUGCAAGAAGAGUACCAAAAAAAAUGCAGACCAUCACACAUCCUGCAAAGAUGAGGUCAUUCGCUACAUCCAGGUGGGCUCUGAAGAAGAAGUUGACUGUAUGGAUUUCUGGCAAAAGCAUGCAAAGGUCUUCCCAAUGCUUUAUCUUGUGUCUAUGAAACUGCUUGCAGUUCCAGCCACAUGUGCACCAGUGGAAAGGGUAUUUAGUCAUGGAGGCCUUAUAAUGCGCCCUCACCGAGCCAGACUUAGUGCAAAGACACUGUCAAGCGUGAUCUUUUUGAAAUGUAACCAUUCUGUUGCUUAAGACUUUUCUAGUUCUUAGGCCACUGAAGGACACCUAGAAGCCAGAAAUGUUUUUGUGGCCCGGUUAACCAGUCUAAUCUCAUCCUUUGGAUUUUUUUUAUUUUAUUAUUUCUAAACAUUUUGUUCUGAACAAGUUACAGGCCAUAAGUUGGUCAGUUGCUUCACAUUCACUCUAAAAAUGUUGAGCGUUUGAAUGUUGUGCUAUCCAGCCACUAAGUAAAUAACAAAUAAUUGAGGAUUCUCUAUCAUAAGGAAGUGUACAGUGCGUGCAGAAUUAUUAGGCACGUUGAUUUUCUGAUUAUUUUUUAUUC